UAAAAAGUUGCAGCAACGGCUACCCAAUAUAUGAGAAAAAGAAGGAAAAAAAUUAAACAAGUAGAGAGAGUUUUCUUGCGACUCAAGGGGCCUUCCUUCGUCACCAGCCAUUGACCACUCAACAAAGAUGAAUCCAUUUACAGAGGGGGGGAGAGAGAGAGAGAGAGUUUCCUCUUAGAGAGCAGAAGAGUCAUUCAGUAAUGGAUCCAUGAUUUUGUACUCGCACUUUUUCAGAAUCUUCUUCACCAAACCAUUUUUUGUUCAAAAUAAAGUUGAAGAAUUGUGGAUUUUUCCGAAUUGAGCUCCAAAUCACACAGCAAUUGGUUAUACUUUGCACAUGCACAUUAAAGAGAGUUCCUUUUAGAGAGAGAGAGAGAGAGAGAGAGAGAGAGUUAUGCAGUUAUGAAUCCAUGAUUUUGUCCUUCACCUAUAUAUAAUUUCUGGGUUUCGUUUGUCCAUCAAUGGAGGAACCGCCGCCAGUCAGUGAGCUUCUGAAGAAAAUCCAAGAACUCGAGGCCAGUCACGCCUACCUCAAACACCAGAUGUCCAAGCUGCUGAUCGCCGGCGACCCCAACUUGGGCCCACAACGGCUGCAAGACGACGUUGGCCGAGGCAGAGGUGGCGGCCACACGAGGUCUCACUCGGUGUCACCGCCGCGGCCGGGGAGGGAGAGCCGGAGUAGUAAAACGUUUACUGCCGCUAGCAGCGGCUGCGGCCCAGCGGCCGUUGAGUUUUCUGAUAGGCAGUAUUUGAAUAUAUUGCAGUCAAUGGGUCGGUCAGUUCAUAUAUUUGAUCUCAACUAUCGGAUAAUCUACUGGAAUAGGACAGCAGAAAGCCUUUAUGGUUAUUCUGCCGCAGAAGCUCUUGGUCAGGAUGCCAUUGCACUCCUAACUGAUCCCCGAGACUAUGCCGUGGCUAAUGAGAUAGUGCAUCAUCUAACAGUGGGGGAGAGUUGGACAGGUCAAUUUCCUGUUAAGAAUAAGAGGGGGGAUAGAUUUGUAGCUGUUGCAACCAAUACCCCCUUUUACGAUGAUGAUGGCACUUUGGUUGGAAUUAUUUGUGUAUCAUGUGAUCCACGCCCCUUUCAAGGCAUGAGCGCUGCUUUGGACAGCAAGCAGUCAGAGUCUGAUUUGAGCUUUAGCAAGCCUAAAACCACUGUUUCAGCCAAACUCGGUCUUGAUCCUCAACAACCUCUCCAAGUUGCAAUUGCAUCAAAAAUAUCAAAUCUGGCCUCCAGGGUGAGCAACAAGGUUAAGUCAAAAAUAAGGACUGGGGAGAAUGGCAUGGAUUGUGAAGGCAGGAGUGGAGAUAGUCAUCUUUCUGGUCAUGGAGCUGUUUCUGAUCAGAGGGGGGAUGUAUCUUCAAGGGAUUCUGGUGAUGAGGGGCAAGCAAAAUCUGGAGUUCACAAUAUCAUAACCUCAAAAGCAGAGGCCUGGAUUAGUAAGAAAGGAAUAACGUGGCCAUGGAAAGCUGAGCGUGAAGGGCUUGAGGCAAAGACCAGCCGGUUUUCCUGCUCCUGGUCGAGCAAUGAUAAUGAUAAUGACACAUGUUGUCAGGACAGUACAUUUUCUGCUAUCAAACCAGACUGUCAAGUCGGUGAGAGUAACAGAGAAACCAAUAAUGAGGCCUCAGAGUUGUGGUCCUCUUCGUUUAAUGUUAACAGCACAAGUAGUGCAAGUAGCCAUGGGAGUAGCAGCAGUAGUGCUGUUAAUAAAUUGAACAUGGACACUGACUCCUUGGAUUACGAAAUCUCGUGGGAGGACUUGACAAUUGGGGAGCAAAUUGGACAAGGUUCUUGUGGAACCGUAUAUCAUGCUUUGUGGUAUGGAUCGGAUGUUGCUGUUAAGGUUUUCUCAAAGCUACAGUAUUCAGAUGAUGCAAUGCUUUCCUUCAGAAAAGAGGUAUCCCUCAUGAAAAGGCUCAGACAUCCUAAUGUUCUACUCUUUAUGGGUGCAGUAACUUCUCCUCAGCAUCUCUGCAUUGUUACAGAGUUCUUACCACGUGGAAGCUUGUUCCGGUUACUACAAAGGAAUACAAGCAGAUUAGAUUGGAGACGACGUGUUCACAUGGCUUUGGAUAUAGCACGAGGCAUGAAUUAUCUUCAUCAUUGCAACCCGCCUAUUGUUCAUCGUGAUUUGAAGUCUUCAAACCUUCUAGUUGAUAGGAACUGGACUGUAAAGGUUGGUGAUUUUGGUCUGUCUCGUCUCAAGCAUGAAACAUAUCUUACCACAAGAACAGGGAAAGGAACGCCUCAAUGGAUGGCACCAGAGGUUCUCCGUAAUGAACCCUCCAAUGAAAAGUCUGAUGUCUACAGCUAUGGAGUGAUUUUAUGGGAGCUGGCCACCGAGAAGAUUCCAUGGAAUACUCUCAACUCAAUGCAGGUGAUUGGAGCUGUGGGGUUCUUGAACCAACAACUGGAUAUCCCCAAAGAUGUGGAUCCACUAUGGGCUGCCAUAAUUGAGAACUGCUGGCACAGGGACCCACAGUGCCGGCCGACAUUCCUAGAAUUGCUGGAGAGACUUAAGGGUCUGCAGAAGCACCAUGCCAUUCAGUUUCAGGCAUCUCGCUUUGGGGCGGGAGAUGGACAAAAGGAAGUGCAAGAUGCUAGUCCUUGAGUGGAAUCGUUACUCGUGGAACAGUCAAAGCACCCCACAGUUUGUGUUGAAAGUUUGAACCUACUGAUCCAGUGUUUGUGAUUGCCAAUGGCUGCAAAAAAUUGGUUGUUCCACAACACCUAGCCCGGUGAACGAAUGAAACAGAGUGGCGGUUACUCUAGUUUGCGUGAUCUUUAAGAGAAGAGUGUUAGAACCACAACAAGAACUUCUGUUUACAAAACAGGUCUUAACACUCAUCAGUGAGUACCAAUGCAUCAUUGUGUCAUAUUUGGCUUUGUUCUUUAAACUUUUUGCCAAUUAGGGCAUCUGAUAUGGGUUUAAGGUUUUAGGGCUUUGCAG